ACAACGGUAUAACAGCGUCUAUAUUUAGGAGGUUUCAUUUGGGACUGUGUUUGAGAAAAGUGACAUGGUGAUGCUUUUAUUUUUCCUCAUUUUGAUCAGCACGAGGUUCACAGACGGGAUUAUAUUUCAAUGGCCACAACCAGAAGAGGAUGAAGUAAAAGAAAACCAUUUCUUGAGAACAAAUACCACGAAGCAGAUUAACGGUGUGUAUUUAAGGACCCAAUGUGCGCUGCAAUGCAUCGUAUCAAAAGGAUGUGACUCGUAUAAUUUUUGCCCCCAAAAUCGUACAUGCGAACUCAAUUCUUUGUCAACGAAGAAUGAAGAUGUGAACCUCUUGGAAGCGGAUGGAAUUUCCUUCUACAGCGUUCGUAAUGAGUCCUUUCAGAUACCCGUAGGACUGUGUGCCACAAACCCCUGCCAGCAUGAAGGUUACUGUCUGGAUACUAGGACGGAGCAAGGAGACCCCAGUUACCUCUGCCUCUGCAAGGACACCUGGCGGGGAAACAACUGCGAGCUAGAAGCUGCAGACGUGCAAUGGUCACAGUGGCAGAGCUGGCAGGGGUGUUCAGCAUCGUGUGGGCAAGGAAGUCAGUUGCGCAGGCGUCAGUGUAGCGUUGGAACCGCAUCUAACUGUUAUGGGGCCGACACUGAAUACAGACUUUGCAAUGAACGGGAGUGUCCACGUAUGGUUGGGGUGAAUGGUCACCGUGGAGUGAAUGCUCAACCCAGUCAACCUGUGGCCAAGGGAGUAAGAACAGGCAAAGAGCCUGUCUAUUCGAUGGAACUGUUGGCCAAGAUAGAUUCUAUACCCGUAGGACUGUGUGCCACAAACCCCUGCCAGCAUGAAGGUUACUGUCUGGAUACUAGGACGGAGCAAGGAGACCCCAGCUACCUCUGCCUCUGCAAGGACACCUGGCGGGGAAACAACUGCGAGCUAGAAGCUGCAGACGUGCAAUGGUCACAGUGGCAGAGCUGGCAGGGGUGUUCAGCAUCGUGUGGGCAAGGAAGUCAGUUGCGCAGGCGUCAGUGUAGCGUUGGAACCGCAUCUAACUGUUAUGGGGCCGACACUGAAUACAGACUUUGCAAUGAACGGGAGUGUCCACGUUGGGGCGAAUGGUCACCGUGGAGUGAAUGCUCAACCCAGUCAACCUGUGGCCAAGGGAGUAAGAACAGGCAAAGAGCCUGUCUAUUCGAUGGAACUGUUGGCCAAGAUAGAUUCUGUCAGGGACCGAUCGAAGACACAACUCCAUGCGAUGGAGUAGACUGCAGGG